AUGUCUACGAGUCCACCACCAAGAGCAGUACCUAAAAAGCCACCCUCUCAAAAUCCAAAUGUUUUGAGAGCUAGUGUAGUACCACCUCUUCCACCUCGAUCACCAGAUAUACGUCCACAAGACACUGCUGCUGCUGUUACAGUUAAUACUACUACUACUGCUGCUGCUACACCAACUACUAUAGUUCAUACAACACCUCCUCUUCCACCUCGAUCACCAGACUUGCAUUCGAGUGCACCAGUCGUCCAACAACACCACCAUCAUCAUAGUCCUGCGACAGGAGCUCCAUCAUCACCAACUCCUCCCCUACCUCCACGUACACUUCCCCCUCGCGGUAGCACUACGACUACGUCAUCAUCAUCAUCGUCUGGGUCAAGUCUUUCAUUUGACGAUAUAUCUAAAACUGUACAACACAAUAACCAACAACAGAAUCAACAUCAAUCUGCAACCAUUUCACAUAGUGUUAGCAGUAGCAAUAUCCAACAUCCACCUCUACCACAAUCCAAACACAGCACCUAUCGCAAACCACUCCCUCCACCACCUCACGAAGACAAUCGAUUGUCGUUAAAGACACCACCAACUUCUGCCCCACACCCACCUAUUCCUCCUCGUAGUGGAUCUGCAUUGACUCUCUCCACUACCGCGUCUACAGUAGCACAUCGUGAUCGUGAAUUACCAUCAACUCCACCAUCACAUCAUAAUCACUCAACCUCACCACAACCACAUCCGCAUCCAAUUCCAAUUACACCUGUAGCUACUACAACCACAACUAAUACUUCAACAAUGGGAGGUAAAGAUAAAGAAAGACAAUCUGUUAUUCAUAAAGAAAAGGAUAGUAACAAGAUUAGAGAUAGUAUGAUAAAGAAUGAUAAACCAAGCACAUCUUUGGAAAAUGGUGGUGAAAUACAUAUUAUCAGGGAAGACCCCGAUGCACAAGCAGUUACAUCAAACCACCCAAGUUUGGAUCAUCUUGCUGCAUUUACAAGCCUACGUGACAUGAAGGCAAAAGAGAUUUUGACGACUGAACGUACAUAUUGCGACAACAUGAAGAUUUUGGUCGAAGUAUUCAUCGAACCACUCAAAUAUGGUGAAGGAGGCAUUUCAAAGGAAAGUGCAACCAUCAUUUGUUCAAACUUAUCAGAUAUCCUUUUGGUUAGUGUGGAAUUACUCAAUCAACUCGAAGAAAGAUUGGCUACAUGGUCAACUACUCAAAGAAUUGGUGAUGUUUUUAAAACUUUGAUUCCAUUUUUGAAAAUGUAUACAAAUUAUACUGUUGGAUUUGAUAAUGCACUUACUACAGUAUCAGAUUGUGAGAAAAAUUCAACUUUUGUUUCUUUUAUUCAAAAAUGUACUGAAGAUCCAAGAACAAAGAAAUUGGAUCUUAGAUCAUAUUUAAUUCAACCAGUUCAACGUAUUACAAGAUAUCAUAUGUUGUUGGACGAACUAUUAAAACAUACCGAUGCUUCACAUCCAGAUUAUGGCAAUCUUGCAGAUGCUUUGGACAAAAUGAAACGUGUAACAAGCGAGGCUAAUGAAGCCAUCAAAAGAAGUGAAAAUAGAGCAAAGGUUAUGGAAAUUCAAAAGAUGUUUGUUGGUGAUAUUGAUAUUGUAGCAGCACAUAGAUCAUUUGUAUUUGAAGGAGUAUUGACCAAAGUUUGUAGAAAAGCCUGUAAAAAGAGAAAUGUAUUUUUGUUUUCCGAUUUGUUACUCUAUGGAUCUUCAAUGCCUCCAAAACUACUGUUACACGAAAAAAUUAAUCUAGAGUUUUGCAGAAUCGAAGAUAUACCAGAUGGAGACUCUGGUGGAUCACGUGCCAUUUUGUUGAAUGGAUCAGGUAUUGUCAACGCUUUCCAAAUUUGUAGUAAUAAGAAAUCAUUUGUUGUGUUUGCCGACACUGCUGAAAGUAAAAUGUUAUGGAUGUUAAGAUUAACUGAAACUAUUGAAUCAUUACAACAAAAGAGAUCAACUUUGAAAUCAGACAGUAAAGAAACUUCAUCGGAAGCUCCAGUUUGGGUUCCAGAUGAAACCACUACUAAUUGUCCUUUCUGUGAAGAAGGAUUUACAUUAUUAAAUAGAAGACAUCAUUGUAGAAAUUGUGGAGAGUUGGUAUGCGGAAAGUGUUCUGAAAAGAAAUUCAAAUUACCCAUUUCCAACUUUAAAGCGGUCAGAGUGAAAAUAACUACCCACACAAUUAAUUGUGUUUUAAAACUCAGCGCCGAGUGUGUGUGGAGGUGUGUUCGUGACGAAUUGAAAUGA